AUGUCAGCAACAUCACCCAUUGACUUAACGAGUUCACCGGUGCCUAGAAUAGUAACAUCAGAUGAAGUUGUAAUAAUAAGUGAUGACGAGCCUUCUUCUAUUUGUAAUUACACAACAAUUGGUGUCGAUAACCAAAAUAAUUUGCAUUCUCCAACAACCUCAAGACAUUCUAAUAACAAUCAAGCUUCUACAAUCAGCAAUGUCAACUAUAACCUUAGAAAUGGAUUAACAGGACUCGGUACGCAUGGCACACAUUCUUCUAAUGGGGGUGGCGGCCCUAUUAGGAAUACCUCAACACGUUCUCGAACGCAUAGUAGACCUCCUUCAACUUUAAGGGUGAGCGCUCAAUCUAAUAAUAAUGGCCUUCGCCAUCGACAACAUCAUUAUAAUUCGGCGUUUCAUCGAUAUGCUUCAUCAAUACCUACGACGACAGAGGGACAUACAAGAGAUCUAGAAGAGUCUCAUAUAUUAAUUUGUGCUGGUUGUAAUGAUUUACUUCAUGAAAAAUUAUGGGCUUUAAAUGGUUGUGGGCAUGUAGUUUGUGGUUCUUGUGUUGAUAAAUUUUCGGGAAAAAAAAAAAUUGCCUGUCCUAGCUGUAAAAAAAAACCAACUUCUACGUUACAAUUAUAUGUGUAA